ACCACAGACGAACCAAAGGGCAGAAUUGAUGGUAAGGACGUUGCCUCUGCCGCGAGAUACUGUAUGAGGUUGUCAGUAUGUUGAACUCUCAGGCUGAUCUGCUGUAUUUUCUUAUUUACUCUGAUAUGUAUAGGCUGUCAAGCGAGCAUUGGAAGUGUGUGGAAGUGAUACUGCACCGCUUGAAAUCAGGACGGACAGCAUGUACACGGUUAACAGUAAAUGCCGCUCCUUCAUGCAUCGUUGCGCUUUCGCUGGGUAUCUCUGCAUGGGCCAUUUCUAAUCUACCUCUUGAUCUCUACUUGUCCACAAAAAAUAGUCAUUACAAAAUGGGCCGACGGAUGGAUAAAAAACAAUUGGCGGAGGAGUGAUGGCGCCCCGGUCAUGAAUCGCGAUAUCAUAGAGCCCCUGAUCGCCAAGAUAAAAAACCGGACGGGUCCUAUCAAAUGGGUGCACGUCCGAGCACACAUUGGCACCUUUGGAAACGAAAUGGCGGACAGACUGGCCAAUGCAGGAGCCAUACUGCCAAAACCAUCAUUGCUGUAAUCCUCUUGAUGCUGGAUGUAGCAUGUGGAUCUUGUACCGAUAAUAAAGAACAUAAACUAUUAUUAUUACUAUUGUUA